AUGACGAGCUUGGGAUCACGGGUGGGGAUCACGGGCGGGGAUCACGGGCGGGGAUCACGGGUGGGGAUCACGGGCGUGGAUCACGGGUGGGGAUCACGGGCGUGGAUCACGGGCAUGGUGACAUGUGCAGGCAUGGUGACAUGUGCAGGCAUGGUGACAUGUGCAGGCAUGGUGACAUGUGCAGGCAUGGUGACAUGUGCAGGCAUGGUGACAUGUGCAGGCAUGGUGACAUGUGCAGGCAUGGUGACAUGUGCAGGCAUGGUGACAUGUGCAGGCAUGGUGACAUGUGCAGGCAUGGUGACAUGUGCCGGCAUGGUGACAUGUGCAGGCAUGGUGACAUGUGCAUGCAUGGUGACAUGUGCAGGCAUGGUGACAUGUGCAGGCAUGGUGACAUGUGCAUGCAUGGUGACAUGUGCCGGCAUGGUGACAUGUGCAUGCAUGGUGACAUGUGCAGGCAUGUAUGGAGAGGACAUCAGCCUAUGUUUCAAGUGCAUUGCUUGCACCUUACCUCACGGUGCACCGAACCGCACAGGGUUUCAGCUGCUGGUUUUCGCCCCUGUCGUGAGGCACCCCGUCCUCUCCUCUACACGCCUCCGCUCCCCUCCUCAUCCCUCCUUCCACGCACUAUGCUCCCUUCCUUUCUUCUCCUUCCACGCUCUCUGUUUCUCUCCUCUCCUCUCCUUCCACCCUCUCUCCUCUCCACCUUCCCUCUCCUUCCAUCCUCUCUGCUCCCUUCCUCUCCUAUCCUGCCACGUUCUAUGUAGCACUCUUCACAACCCACUCGCAGUGCAGUUGGCUGGCGCCAUAACAGCAGAUCUACCGUAA